AACUCACACUCCGAGCUCUCUUCCUCGCAAAAUCCCGACGCGCUCUCUCUUUCUCUCUCGCAAUAGUCGACUUGAAUGCUCUAAUCGGAACCCUAAUUCGCCCUCGCAGAUUACCCCAUGGCGGAUAACUCCUCCAGCAUCGAUGCGUGGGCUUACCGCCCAGUCUUUGCCGAUUCCGCGAGCUGGAUCACCGAUGCCUUUGUACGGGAGAACGAAGUCUUAACCAAAGCGCUUCAGAUCUCCCUCUCUGACGAUUCUUCCGCUUCUGAAACCCUUUCCUCCGCCGCGUACCUCCCGCCGCAGCCUCCCCUCAUGGCCCCGUCUCGCAAUCCGAUCUCGUGCUCGCCAGCGAAGAAGAUCACGAAGAGGAAAUCGCGCGCGUCGAAGAGGUCGCCGACGACCUACAUCAACGCCGAUCCGGCGAACUUCCGGCGGAUGGUUCAGGAAGUGACCGGGAUACGGUUGGGGGAGGGCGGGAUGCCGGUGGAAGCGGUGGUCAGGCCGGAGCCUCAGAGGAGUGGGAUGGGUCGGGCGGGUCAGGCUCAGGGGUACUUGCCCACCCUUGACACGUCGGCCCUGCUUCUCGACCGGGCGGGCAUCGUCGGGCCGGCUUCUGCUGGUUGCGGCUCGUUUGGGCCGGUGGUGGAUAGCCCGGUUUUUGAUUUUGAACCGUUUCCAAUCUUCCCUACUCUGGAGUCAUGGGGGAUGUAAGAAAAUUUAUAUAAAAAAAAAAAAAAAGUUUUUUUUUUAAGUUUUUUAACAAGCGUCUGAUGCGGAUCAGAUGGACAGCGUACUGUACAUCGCGUGAAACGUUUUUCCCUAGUGUGGAAACUGCGUUGGGAAGGCUUGUUUAUUACUUUUCUUUAUCAGCUGCUGCUACGUUUUUUUGGCCUUUAUUGAAUUUUAAUAAUAAAUAGUUGUUUUUUUUUUU